GAUUCAUAAUGAUGAUGACAGCUGAAUCUCCUGUUACAUCACAGCCCUAAGGUGCUCUAUUGGAUUGAGAUAUGGUGACGGUUGAGGUGAUUUGAGUACAGAGAGCUCAUUAUUAUGUUUGAGAAAGUGUGCCAAAAAAAAUUACCCUAACACUAUAAUGCCACCAGCCUCCUGAAGCAUCGAGAGAAGGCAGGAUGGAUCUGUGCUUUCAUGUGGUUUACACCAAACUCCGAGCCUGUCGAAAUAUCACAGCAGCAAUCCGCUCAUCAGACCAACAAUAUUUUUCCAGUCUUGUUGAUUUAUCCUGUGCAAACUGUGACCUCAGUUUCCUGUUCUUAGUUGACAGGAGUUGCAUCUGGUGUGGUCUUCUGAAUAGAAAAGAAUCGCUCUCUUUUUCUACAUGUCUUUAUUAUAAGAACAAUGAAACACAGUUUGCGAUCUCUCCGUUGUGUGUAAUACAUAAUAACACAGGCAUUUACAUUUACACAAGAAAGAUGUGUACAAGUUAGUGCUGCUAGUGUAGUUCAACAUUUAACAUGUUACACAUUCAGAGAUGCUCUUCUGCACAUGCCGUAAACAUCUAACCUCAACAAGGCAGUUUUUCACAGAGAGCUGCCACUCGCUGGAUAUUUUCUGUUUCAGAGCAUCCUUUGUAAACUCUCGAGAUGGCUGUGCGGGAAAAUCCAGACCAUCAGCAAUGCCCAUCUAGCAUUAACAACCCUUCCACGUUUAAAGUCACUGAAGUCUGGAUUUCAGCAGGUCGUCUUGGCCAUGUCUACAUGCCCAAAUGCACUGAGAUAUUGCCAUAUGGUUAGUUGAGAUAUUUGUGUUAACAAGCUGGUGAACAAACAUACUUAAUGAAGUGGCCAGUAAGUUUGAAUUGGAGAAGGACUGCAUGUGUAGACCUUUAACGUAAACUGAGCAGGGUAUCAAAAGCAAAUCAUCUAGCAACCAGACUUAUCACAUUUGUGAUGUGUACAUAUUCACUGCUAAUUUUGCACAUUUUGAUGCAGACUGUUGACCACAAUUCUGAUAACCUGUUGCAGAGGUUGUUUUGAUACUGUGCUUUAAUUUAACACCAUCCCAACCACUAGGUGGUGUACCUACUCCCUCCUACCCAAGCACUGAUAACAGUUUUCAUAAACAUGAGUGGUACAAUAUCUUCUAGGACACAGGAAAAGGCAGAAAAGCACAAUUUACCGCCAUUAUAUCCAUCAGUAUUCAGCUGGAUUGACAUCUUCAUGACUUUCACACUUACCAAACAGUAGAAUGAGCCCUCAUGCCACUCACACAGCAUUACAUCUGGAAGACCCCGCUCCCAUCAAGAUCUAAACAUCUAAUUACGCACAACAACCGUGCGCACACGGGCCUGAGAUCAAAUCGGGCAAUAAAAGGUUAUUUGCAGUAGGUCGAUAAGCUGUAUAACAAAUUGUCAAGUUUUAGAAAUGCUUUUAACUUCCGUUGUGUUCUCUAUAGUUUGUAGAAAACGUAUUUACAGAGGAAACAGAUGUCAGCUCGGUGGCCUACGUGCCGUCCGUGCCGUGCACAUUUAAGCUGUCAGCUUGUUUUCUACUAACUAAAAACAGGUUUUAGUGUACGCGCACUUUUUACUCGGUUAUAUAUUUAGACCCACUCGUUUAGUAAAGUGAACACCGACCUGUCUCCUGACUGAAAUGAUUACAAGCUAUUGCGUGAUGUUAACCCAGGAGAGAGGGGAGGAGUUGUAGGUGACAUUUGUUGGCCUGCCCCCCGUGCGUCUGACGUCAUUGACGUGAAACGGGACUGUUUGUUCUGGAUUUGGGGCGAGGAAGGACUGUGAACGCUGACAAACGACUGAAGAAGGUGUGACACUCGACUCUCUGUGUGUUGUGGUUUUUGUGCUGCCGCAGCGUGUCACUAACAAACAUCCCACAUCACCCUGGGAAGUUGCCACCUCCCCAACUGAGAUAUGAUCACACAACUGCUUUAGACCACAGCUGCACAGCUACAAACAUAGAGUCACGUGAGGAGUGGAAUGGCCUGAAGGGGUUCCCCCCGGUCCCACCUGCCCCUGCCAGGUCCAAUCUGCCUAAAGUGUCUGCUCAGCCACUGCAGCCCACCUCUGCGAUGGGGGACGGACUGGAGGCAGGCAGCAGCCAGAACCCUCCCUCCGCCCCACCGCCUAUCCCCUUCAACCCUCCACCCCCCGAAACAUGGAACCCCUCCAGACCCAAACGACAGACCAACCAGCUGCAGUACUUGCAAAAAGUGGUAUUGAAGACAUUAUGGAAACACAAUUUUGCCUGGCCCUUCCAGGCUCCUGUAGAUGCCAUCAAACUCAAUUUGCCUGACUAUUAUAAGAUCAUAAAGAAUCCUAUGGACAUGGGCACGAUUAAAAAACGCCUGGAGAACAACUACUACUGGAAUGCCCAGGAGUGUAUCCAAGACUUUAACACCAUGUUCACAAACUGCUACAUCUACAACAAGCCCGGGGAUGAUAUUGUCCUAAUGGCAGAAGCCUUGGAAAAGCUCUUUCUCCAGAAGAUUACAGAGAUGCCGCAGGAGGAGACUGAGAUUGCUGUGGUUACAAAGGGACGCAGAGGAGGCAGGCAGGACACAGGUCUGAUUUCAAAAUCAGAUUCAGGACAUGACUCAUCAUCCCCCUCUACCACCCCGCAUACACGAGGCUUUUCGUCCCCUUCAACCACUCCACAUACCCGUGCUGCACCCGCCCCCCAAGGUUCUCCUGCCUUACCCCUGAGGUUGGACCAGGUGCUGGUCCAGCCUCUGGUCCAGCCUCUGGUCCAGCCUCUGGUCCAACCUCUGGUCCAACCUCUGGUCCAGCCUCUGGUCCAACCUCUGGUCCAACCUCUGGUCCAGCCCCUGGCUCAGCCCUUGGCCCAGCCUCUGGUCCAGACUCUGGCCCAGAGUCUAGCCCAACCUCACCUUCCCCGUGUGCCUCCAACAACCACAAACCAUGCGCCCCAUCUGGGGCCUCCAUUCUCCCUCACCACUUCAGACGUCCUGGCCCAGGGAAUGACUUCAGUUCCACCUCCGACUGUGACUCACCCAGGCCUCCAUCCUACUGCCCCCAUACUGCAAAGUUCGCCUGCUCUCAUCAAGCAGAAGAAGAGCCAGAAGAGGAAAGCUGAUACCACGACACCCACCGCCAACGAUCAGCUCAGUGAAUCGUCUCCCAUUUCUGCCGAGAACCGGCCGCGCAGAGACAGCAGCCGCCCAUCAAAGCAGCCCAAAAGAGAAGCAUCACAGCCAGACUCUCAGCAUCAACUUGGAGGAGUCUUGGAGAUGGGAGGGUCAGGAACACCGAAGCGCCAGGAGCAGUUACGUUGGUGUGCACGCCUCGUCAGAGAGAUGCUGUCUAAGAAACACGUGGCAUAUGCCUGGCCUUUUUACAAACCUGUUGAUGCAAAAGCUCUCGGUCUCCACGACUACCAUGAAAUCAUCAAGCAUCCCAUGGAUCUCAGCACCAUCAAGAAAAAGCUGGACAACAGACAGUACAGAGAUGCUCAAGAAUUUGCAGCAGACGUCAGGUUGAUGUUCUCGAACUGUUACAAAUACAACCCUCCAGACCACGAUGUGGUUGCCAUGGCACGCAAAUUACAGGACGUGUUUGAGAUGCGUUUCGCCAAAAUGCCCGAUGACCCAGAGGAGCCAGUCCCUGUUCCCACCCCGUCAUCAGCUCUCCACCCUGCCCCCUCCACUCGACAAGUCCCACCUCCUUCUGCCGCCUCGGAAGAUGAGAGCUCAAGCUCCUCAGAAUCAGAGUCUUCAGGAGGAGACUCGGAACAAGAAAGGAAACAGCGUUUAGCUGAGUUACAGGAACAGCUUAAAGCUGUUCAUGAGCAGCUGGCAGCGCUCUCCCAGCCACAGGUCAGCAAGCCCAAGAAGAAAGAGAGGGAGAAGAAGGAAAAGAAGAAAGAAAAGCACAAGAAAAAAGUGGGAGCAGAGGAACCUUUGGAGACUCUCCCGCUUGCAAUGCUUCAGGCAUCUAAGAAAAGCAAAAGUAGUAAAGAACCUAUCAGUGCAAAGAAAGACAGGAAAAAGCCCAGUAAAAAAGAAGGAGUUAAAAAUCCCCGGCCUGCUGUGCCCCCUCAGCCUGGGCCGACCCCUCUCGUCCCUUCGGCUUCUCUUGAAGAUGUUGACAUCGACAUGUCUGCUGACAGGUGCAAGCCAAUGUCGUAUGAGGAGAAGCGCCAGCUGAGCCUGGAUAUCAAUAAGUUGCCCGGAGACAAGCUGGGCCGUGUCGUGCACAUAAUCCAAACCCGUGAGCCGUCGCUGAAAAACUCCAAUCCGGAUGAGAUUGAGAUUGACUUUGAGACACUGAAGCCCUCCACGCUGAGAGAGCUAGAGAAGUAUGUCUCAAGCUGCCUCAGGAAGAAGAAAAAACCAUCAGCAGAGAAGCCUCUGGAAAUGCCAAAUGUGACAAAGAUGAAGACGGGAUCCUCAUCUUCAGGCAGCAGUGACUCCUCAGAUAGUGAAGACUCUGACAGUGGGCUGGUUCCCAAGCAACCGAAGAAGACUUCAACUAACAAGGACACCAAGAGACCGCAGCACCAGUUCAUCGGUAGUGGAGUGGGCCCAGUCACUUCUCAGCCACAGCAGCCUCAGCUUCAGCCUCAGUCACAGCUUCAGACACAGCUUCAGUCACAGCUUCAGCUUCAGCCUCAGCUUCAACCUCAGACACAGCCUCAGGUGGUCCAGUCCAAACCACCAUAUAUCCCGGCUCCAGCUAUUUCCCUCCCUGUCCCCUCUCUGGAUUCCUCCCAGCUAUUGGCCUCAGGAUUUGACCCUCUGGCCCACUUCAUGAAUUCUCACCUGACGCAGUCCAACACAGAGCCUAAUGCAACCAUUACUACUGCCAGUGCUCCUGUUGCCUCUGGCCUCCUCAAUACCAACGCGCCCACCAACCAGACGCCUUCUGAGACGCACCCUUUCCUAAACCAACAUCCCAUCAUCCCUUCUCCAGCAAUCCAUAAUGCUCUUCCCCAGCAACCAUCAAGACCUAGCAACCGUGCAGCGCCACUUCCACCCAAACCUGCACAGCCUCCUCCAUCCUCCCUCCCUUCAAUGCCUCCAGCUUCCUCACCUCAGCUUCAGCCCUCGCUUCCUCUCACCCUCCCCCCACAGCCUGUCCCCCGCCCUCGCGUCCCGUCACCGCCAUCCCACGGCAUCCUGGGCACCCUCUCGGCGCAGCCUCCCCAAGCCCUGCUGGAGGAUGACGAGGAGCCAACGCCCACCAGCUCUGAGACCCCACCGCUCAGCCAGGUCCACAGCCUCCUGCAGUCACUUCAGCCCAGAGCCCCCACGCAAACGCUGCACACGCAUUCUCCCGUGCAGCUGGGGCCGCCACUGCAUGCGCAGGUCAUGACAACAGCCGCCCCCGUUCUGACGCAGAGACACGGCUCAGGCCAAGCGCACAUGCAGCAGUCGUUCCCACAUACGCACACGUCAACACCGCAGCAGAAGGGCGGGGUGCUGCAGCAGAAGGUACAGCAGCUGCAACAGCACCAACAGCAGCCAUCGCCACAAAGCAAAGUGGAGCCUUUCACAACAGGUUGCCCCUCUCCGCUGAUGAUGCACUCUCCUCCGAUGCCUGCGUUCCAUUCAAUGGGACAACAGUCGCCUCCACAGACCAAGAAGCAUGAGCAGAGGUCAAACAUGGGGAUCAAAGAAGAGAAGCUUUCCCAGUCACCAGUGCUGCCACCCUCGCCCUUCAGCCCAGGCGUUCGUCAGGAUGCACACAAACCAGACAACAAACACAGGUUAGAUAUAAAGCCGAUGGAUGGCUCUCGUCCCAUUUCGCAUUUGGCAGACUCGCCUGCACCACCCUGCUCCCAGCAGGACAACAAAAUCAAGCAAGAACCCAAAACUCCCAUCGCUCCCAAGAAGGCACAGGAGGUCAAGAUAAAGAACAUGGGUUCUUGGGCCAGCCUGGCUCAAAAGUCCCAGUCCACACCGGCGUUCUCGGUGCGCUCUUCAAGCGACAGCUUUGAAAGAUACAAGCAGGUCGCGAGAGAGAAGGAGGAGAGAGAGAGACAGCUGAAAGCACAGGCUGAACAGGCCAGGAGGGAGCAAGAGAAGCUACGCCGUGACGACAAGGACACGGCGGAGCCGUUUCGCCGAGUGCCAGAUGACGACCGCCGUCGCCCAAAUCAGCAGUCGCCGCACGCUCCAGUUCCUCCAGCUUCGACUCCUCCCACUCACUCUCCGCAGGCCCCACCUACACAAUCACAAGCCCCCCCACCCACCUCCGCUUCACAGAACACGCUCAACCAGGACAGGGCGACGGCACGGCGUGAGGCGCAGGAGAGGCGCAGGAGAGAGGCGAUGGCAGACACCAUUGACAUCAAUUUCCAGAGUGACCUGAUGGCAAUUUUUGAAGAGAAUCUGUUCUGAGAGGAAGGCACGAGAGCAGGACCCCGUAGACUCACAAGAAGCAGAUUUGCAGAUCGCUUCCAAACACCCGUGCUGUGACGCACACGGUCGCUGCUUACACAAAUGCACACAUCUGCAUACACAGACUCAGUACUAACUGUCCCUUUCUCUCAGCAGUUGAAACAGCUGGUUUGUGUCGUGAAUGAGAGAUGAGGGGAAGUGAAAUUAAAAUAACAAGCCCCCCUUUUGUUUGUUUGUUUUUUGUUUUUGUUUGUCCCCCCCUUCCCCAGCUUGGUGCCUCUGGUUGUAGGUUCUUGAUCACCAUGGCCAACAGGUCCAAAUGGUUGCCCCCCACCCCAUAUGAGGAUAUGAUGAAAAGGAGGGGACUGAGCAUCUAUAUUUAAAGAGAAAAAAAAAAACAGUAAAAAGCAUGUAUGAAAAGAUGGGGUUAAAACACACAGAUGAAUGAAUAAUAAUGCUUUUAGUUUUCUCUCUGGAUCUUGUCUCUUAUUUUAUUUUUAAGUUGGAUAUUUUUUUUUUUUUUUUAACUGGGAGGGUCGGGCCGGGGUGCUCACGUUUGCCAGGUUGAGCGGUCAUCUGUUGUUUCUUCUUAAGGCACCGUGGGGAUGGGGGAAACCCCCGCCAUGGCUCUAUUCAAACACUUUUUCUAAGACCUUUACAUCCUUCAGCUUCUCUCUUUCUCCAGUUACCAACAGAAGAGGUUGAAGAGAGCAGCAAGGAAAGAGCCAGUCACCACAUUUAAACAAAAAAAUUUCAACGUGUCCUUCGCCUUAGUGCUCCGGCCUGUAAACUAAUGAUUGCACCCCACAAAUUAUACAUAUUAUAUAUAUAAAUAGAAACAAAUACGUAUAAAUAUAGAUAUAUAAAUAUAUAUAUUCUAUACGAUGAAAAGUCAACAGGAAAAAGGAAGAUGAGAAGGAUUUGGAUUGCGGGGAGCAAAGCUCGUCUCGGUGUUCAUCUCUGAGCUCUGGUUUUGAUUUUGUAGAAAUUACUGUAAA